UUGACGCUGCGUGUUUGAUUGAAGUGAAAUGUAAUUUCGUUAAAAGUUAACAUGCUUAAUCUAGAUAUGAGUAUAUUAUAUCUUUAUAACCAUGUUACUCUCUACUUUACACAACUAACGUGUAGUGUCAGGCUAUCAGUUGUAAACUUUGAUUUGAAGGAUUUUUCUCUUGAUAAACAGGAGUCAAUUAUUUCAGUCUUAGAAAACAAACUAUGGUAAAGAUCUGUGUCGUCGGUGCAGGUGUCAUCGGGUUGUCAUCUGCCUUACGUAUAAUUGAACUUCAUCCGGAAGCGGAAGUUGUUGUAAUUGCCGAUAAAUUUUCACCGGGCACAACAUCGGAUGUUUCCGGAGGAUUCUGGGAGCCUCAUCUUCUUGGUGAUACGCCACAAGAAAAAAUCAGAAAAUGGAGUUCAAAGACGUUCGAACAUAUGUCAUGGCUCGCAAAUACAGACUGUGCCAAGUACACAGGGACCUGUAUGGUGUCCGGAUAUCAGAUGAGCUCAGAUCCAAACACAGAGGCGCCAUUCUGGAAGGACCAGGUAAAGAACUUCCGGGUUCUCAGCCAGGAUGAAAUGAAGCAAUAUGAAGAUAUGAAAUUUGGAUUCUUUUACACUACAGUUAAGUUGGAAUCUCAGAUGUAUUUACAGUGGCUUAUGAAAAGGGUUCAGAGGCUAGGUGGUAGGUUGAAGAAACAGCGUAUAAACACAUUUGAAGAGCUUGCUGAUGGAAAUUAUGCAGUAAUAAUCAACUGUACAGGUGUUGGUGCGAGGCAGUUGGCCAAUGACAGCAGCGUUCAGCCAGUCAGGGGUCAAGUCAUAAGGGUUAUUGCUCCAUGGAUAACAAUGCAUUAUGAUUUUCAAGACAGACACGGAAAAGAUUUCUAUAUUUUCCCAGGGUCAAAUUAUGUUGUACUUGGUGGAGUAGAACACCAUGGGGACUGGAAUACAGAAGUGAGCACUAGUGACAAGAAAUUGAUAUGGGACAACUGCACAAAAUAUUUGCCAAGUUUAACGGAAGCAGUUAUAGACAGCGACUGUGUAGGACUGAGGCCGGCACGUCCGUCUGUAAGACUAGAGAUAGAACACAUUGAUGUCAAGGGAAAAAUAAUGCCUGUAAUUCACAACUAUGGUCACGGGGGAGCUGGAGUAACACUUCAUUGGGGUUGCGCUGAAGAAGUGUCACACCUUAUAACCGACCUUCUGAGACAGGAUAAAACUAUGUUAAAGAGCAAAACUGAGUUGGCUAAGCUGUGAUUGAUUUUUCUUUUCUGAGACGCUAUUUCAAUCAUAUGCAAUACAAAAGGGAUCGCCAUUUAUUACAAAGUUGUACUUAUCCUAACAGGAACACCCAUUUUAGAAUUAAACAAACGAUUGUUAUUAUGUUAUUAUGCAUUGCAGCAAUUAAAAAGAGAAUAUUUA